GGCUAAUUAACUCUCGUAUCUCCUCCGAGCCAUGCAAAUGAGGGGAUCUUCCCGAUUCUGAUUGGAACACGCAGCUACCAAGGUGGGGGAUCGGUGCUGCAUAUAUUCCCAAUCUACGCGGGUGGUUGUAUAUCUACCAAGGUAGUUAGCUAGGUAGGUAGCUACCUAACCCCAACCCAGCUCUUCCUUUUAAACAACAACCACCUCCUACCCCUCUCCUCGAACCCAAACCCUUCUUCCCCUCCAAGACCAAAGUACCACUCCCAUAAUGGCCACCAAAACCCCCGUUCUCACCGACAAGGCCCCCAAGCCCCUCCCGGGCAUCUACUCCCAGGCCAUCGUCUCCAACGGCGUGGUCUACUGCUCCGGUGCCGUGCCCAUGGACCCGGAGACCGGCAAGCUGAUCGAUGGCGACAUCAAAGCUCACACGCACCAAUGCAUCAAAAACCUCGGCCACAUCCUCGAGGCCGCCGGCAGCGAUCUCACCAAGGUCCUGAAAGUGAACGUGUUUCUGUCGGAUAUGGACAACUUUGCCGAGAUGAACUCAGUGUACACUGAGUACUGGGGCGAUGUGAAGCCUUGUCGGACGUGCGUGGCGGUUAAGACUCUGCCUUUGAAUACGGAUGUGGAGAUUGAGUGUAUUGCUCAUCUGUAAGGGUGUUUCUUUAUUGGAUCGGGAAUGUGUGGUUAAUGAAAUAUAUUGAACAAAAAUGAAUGUGACGGGCUGGUAGUUU